AUGGAAGCUGCCGAAGAAGAGCAGCGUCAUGGAGAGAGCAAAGAAGGCAUCCACAUGUCAAUUGCUCUGGCUGCCCGCUCUCGAAUGUCAGAGCUGGACUUACUGGUGGCACAAGAAGGAACAGCAGCCUAUCCCAUCGUGCAGGGAUUUGAUUGGCGAGCCUUGAAUCUCUUGAGCAAGGCUAUGACCGUGCCGGGAUACUUGGAGGAAAUGGUGGUUGGAAGUGCAGUGCCUGCUCUUCCUGUGGAGGAUGGAGAAGUCAUUUUCUGUCCGUAUGGAUCCACCGAGGAUGUACCCUGGGCUCAUGGUUGUCUCCCUCAAAAGGAACAAGAGCUCAGGUGGUUGCUUCGCGAACCUCCUUUGGAACAACCCGAACGACCGAUCGAGAUGACCUCGGUGGGAUGUAUGACCACCGAGUUGGAGGACCACCACGAGCAGAUCCUUUCCCAACUUACCCAGGCUGCUUCUGCCGUGGAUUUUGGAUGCAGCUUGAAGGUCAUUACCCUCGUUGUGAAUCAACUUGGGGAAUCUUUGAUCUCCAACAAGUCCGUGCACCCCAAGUUGCUUCCGAUGUCGUACCACCUUCAGCAAGGCCACAACUUUGCCUUGCACCUCCUUGGGUUGGUGAACUUGUACCAGGAGCACAACGAGAAGUACGACAUUGGCCAUGCGGAAAGGGUGACGUCGGAAAACACUCCGAUGUGGAUACAGAAAUGCAUCUGGGAAGUGAUUGGAAAUGUGAUCAAGAACGAGGCCAAGGAGCAUUACUCCCUGGAGGAAUAUCGGGCGUCCACGAAAGCUGCCCGCUCCAAGGCGGCAGCCCGACCUCCGGAUGGUGGAAGCGAUUCGGAGUCUUCCUCCUCAGGUGGUUUGUUGGUCCUGAGCAGGUCGUACGAGGACCUUGGAUGGAUGGGGCGGAGUAUCCUCAACGAGCUUCGUGGAAAGCCAUCGGAGCCCCGGGAAAUCACGGGGGCCGACUAUUGGAACCUCCACAUUGUGCCGGGGGAGCCGGUGGGAACUCCGGAGCCUCCAUUCGUUCCACCGUUGGCGGUCCCGACGCCGCCGCCGAUCCCAGCUUUUCGGCUGCCUCCGCGCCCUCCGGCUUCUGGAUCCUUCAGAAGUUGGUUUGCCACCUACUCCACGGUCUGUGCCUCCAACGCCGGAAAGCCGAGUGUCAGUUUCGCCAAGGCGCUCGAGGUCCCCACGACGGAUUCCACCAAAUCCAGAGCUCCAGUGUAA